AUGUUUAUGCUCAGGAACGUCAGCAAGCUCAUCUUCGGCGACUCUGCGAAGGAAUCGAUAAUCGAAAUACCCCAGGGACAGCUGUACAUCACGGACCGGCCAAGAGUUCCAGUACCAGCUAGUGAUCCAGCGGCAUAUGAAGAGGGCGAAGAAGAGCUCUCUGCUGAAGGCGACGAAAGCGGGGAGCUUGAGGCACUCGGCGGCGACAAGGACGAGAAGAUCUUUCUGCUCGACGAAAGCCUUCGGCUUCGGUCUGAGCUGCGAGAAGAAGGCGAGAAGGUUAUUGCAUGGAGAGACUUGAGUGGCGACGUCGGUGACCUCUACGAGUUCGUCUGCGAUCCGUCAACACCUCAGGAAAAAGUCGCGACAUUUCUUCUUGCGGCGGUGGAGUGUCAGUACGAGCGCAAGUACCGCCGCAGUGCGCAGCAAGCAACGGAUCAACAGCUCCAGGAAUUUGAUUUUGACGAGGAAGAGAGCCCAAUUCCCACGGCCAGCCCAAUCGCUACGUCUCCCCAUUCGACCUCUCCAACCUCCAAGGAAUCCGCAGCAGCGAUGGCGAAAGAGGUUGUUUCUUCCAAGGGAACCCAGCAACAGACCUCAGAGCAAACUGUUGCGCCGCCGUCCGCUUCCGUUCCGACCGCAAAUGAGGUACUAGCCAAAGAGACGGCUGAGCUUCACUUGUUCGACUUUAAUACUGGAACCUUCGUCCUCCAGGACCCCCUAGUCACUGCAACAGUUUCUGAAAUUGGAUCCUGGGAAUACUGGCUACAAAUUACGGGCCCAGACCGGGAAUGGCUUGGCCAGCUUGUUGUUGGCGAUAUAAACCCAGUGUUUAACUUCGAAUACCUCUCAUUUAUCUUCAAUCAUUAUACAGAAGAUGGCUCGGCUUACUCUUGGCUUCUACGAUUUAAAGACCAGGCCACGGAAGAACGGUUCCAGGAAGGAUUAAUGCAGGCGCUAUGGGAGCGCCUAAAUGAGACGAAAUGGGCCAAAACUAAAGAAAAUGAUCGCGAUUAUGUCCUGGAAGCGUUUAACGAUCUCACUGUGGAAGAUACGAGAGAGGAGGACAUGAAGGAGCUGGAAGAAGAGGAAGAAGCCGAAGAGAGAGAGAGAGCGGAGGAAGAGGAGGAAGAUGAAGGACAGAGGAGUGAGCAUUACGACACAGAUGAAGAUGAAGACGAUGUUGCCACUCGAGAUGAGGAUGGGAAUGUCAACUCUCAGCUCGCUGUUGGUUAUAAACAUGACAGGUCCUUUGUUGUGAGGGGGUCAAAGAUUGGUGUCUUCAGGCACACCCCUAACAACAACCUCGAGUUUUCAACCAAUAUCUCAAAGGUUGAAACCCCCGAUGGCAAGCUGUUCAGCCCUAAGAAGGUCAUGCUCCAUGCGGAGGACGCGAACAUGAUUCUCCAGAAUGAGCAAAAUCCAAACUCUCUGUAUCGUAUGGAUUUGGAGUACGGUAAGGUCGUCGACGAGUGGAAAGUACACGAUGAUAUCCCAGUGUUGUCUUUCACCCCUGAAACGAAAUUCUCCCAAAUGACAUCUGCGCAGCCCUUCGUUGGUAUAUCACAAAACGCUCUUUACCGCAUCGACCCCCGUUUGUCCGGCAACAAGCUUGUGGAUGCAGACCUAAAACAGUACGCCAGCAAAAAUGAUUUCUCUGUUGCGUCUACCACUGAGAAGGGAUAUCUUGCUGUCGCUUCAAAUAAGGGAGACAUCCGUAUGUUUGAUAGACUGGGCGUCAAUGCCAAGACCCACAUUCCGGCACUGGGAGAGGCUAUUAUUGGAUUAGAUGUCUCUGCCGACGGUCGAUGGGUACUCGCUACAUGCCGUACAUACCUCCUCUUGAUUGAUGCUUUACAGAAAGAUGGAAAGAACGAAGGAAAGCUCGGGUUUGAGAAGUCCUUUGCCAAAGACUCGAAGCCACAACCUCGACGUCUGGGUUUGCAGCCUGCCCAUGUUGCUCAAUUCCAGCAUGAAACCAAAUCCCCUCUUGCGUUUACUCCUGCCAAAUUCAACACUGGCCUAGACUCUUCAGAGACUUCAAUUGUCACCGCUACUGGGCCAUUUAUUGUUACGUGGAAUUUGAAGAAGGUCCUCCUUGGCCGCAAAGACCCAUAUACUAUCAAGCGGUACGCGGAGGAAGUCAAAGCGGAUAACUUCAAAUUUGGAAGUGAUAGGAACGUCAUUGUUGCCCUACCAAACGAGGUCAAUAUGGUUGCAAAGCAGAGCCUUCGAAAGCCAACGAGAGAGAGUAUUGCUGGGCCCCCGGUUACCCCAGCCAGUGAUAAAGGUGAUAAAUCUCGGUUAGCAGAAUAA